AUGAGCAACCUUUCGCAAUUAUCUCAAAUCUCCAGCUUUGCUCAAAACUUGUCUUUUGACCGUAUCAAGAGUGAAAUCGGGUCGUUCCAAAACAAGCUAUCUUCUGUUCGUCCUCCACAAGAGUUCUUCGACUUGAAGAGAAUUUCCAAGCCUCAAAACUUUGGAGAGGUACAAUCCAGAGUCGGUUACAACCUAGGCUAUUUCUCGACCAACUAUGCUUUGAUUGUUGGUGCGUUGAGUGUGUACUCUUUGCUAACCAACUUUUUGUUGUUGAUUGUAAUAGUGUUUGUUUUCUUGGGAACUAUGGGUAUCAACAAGCUAAAUGGUGCGGACUUGGUGACUCCAUUUGGAUCUUUCAAGACCUCGCAACUAUAUACCGGUCUAUUAUGCGUUGCUGUGCCACUGGGCUUCCUAGCAUCUCCAAUCUCGACGUUGAUGUGGCUAGUCGGUGCAUCUAUUGUCUCUGUCUUUUCUCACGCAGCAUUCAUGGAAAAGCCCAUCGAAACGGUUUUUGAAGAGGAAACAGUCUGA